AUGCACGACGCAAGACGCAAGAUGCAAGAUGCAAGACGCAAGAUGCAAGAUGCAAGACAAUGUCAGAAGAGCAAACACCAAUCUGCAAGUAAUGAUCAUGCUAUGGUUCGGCCGCCCGCGCACCAGUCGGACAAAGAAGAGACGCGUCGCGCCGCGCCGCCACCGAAAAUUUCACGACCUCACGUUCCGCCUCCGCUGACGCCGUCUCCGCCGCCGCCGCCGCUGCCACCGAAAGCGCGAAGGCGGCGGAGCCGGCUGUUCGCCCGGGACAAAGACGCCUUGCACACGUGCGCCUCUUCCGUCUCCGCGCGCGUGCGGCAGCGCGGGAGCGGCGCGGCGCCGGAGCGGAAGCGCGGCGGGAGGCGCAGCCCGGAGCGACGACGAGGCCUAGACGUGGCGGUGGCAGGUUGGCGGUGCGGGCGUGGCCGGGUCGGUGCUGUGCGUGCGGUGCCGGCGCGGCGCUGCGGGCGACGGAGGCUGGCGGCAGCACGAUGCGAGGCGGAGGCUAGCUCGCGGCGGCUGAGAGGCGUUGCAGGGUCAAGUCCAAGGAGGUGUCCGUGCUGCGGUGAUACAGGAUUUUUACCCAAUCGGGUGAAAGUGAGACAACAAAACAGGCAGCGCCAAGCCAAGACGGCCACCGCGUCGUCUCGAACUUGGCGCGCGCGUCUUUCUCACCCCGCGGGUCUCCGGCGUGGUGACCGCGUGGCGCCGCUAGACGCCACAGGCGACGGCGCCGUGCUGCACUCACCGAAGCAGACGGUGGAGGUCCAUGGCGCUGGCGGGACGCAGGGCGCCGGCCGCUUGCACGGGGCGCUGGAGGGCGCGGGCGAGGACGCCUGGGGGGCGCGGACAGCGAGCGGCGGCGGCGGCUGCUGCUGCGGUGGCUGUGCGGCGCGGAGAGCGACUGCGAGCGACGUCGCCGGCGGCGGCCCAACUGCGCUAGCGCGCGCUCCCGGCGAGCACCACUCUCGUCCCUCCUCCUCCUCCUACUCUUCCUCCGCAGCGCGGCGAGGGCUCACGGCGGCGGCGGCGGGACGCAGCGGGAGAAGCGCAGCCACUGGAGAAGCGUUCACCCCGGCGUCUCCCAUAAGGCAACAUUUCUUACGCUGCCCAGCAGGGAUCGCGUGGCCUUACAAUGCCCCACCAGGAACAUGUCAGGGUACAGGGAUACGUAAGGGAACGGGAAUGGUGGUGAUGGCGGCGGAGGCGAAGAAGGCGGAAGCGGGGGUGGCAACGGUAGCAGGGGAGAAGGUUGAGGCCGACGUGAGGGCUACUGUGGGGGUCGACCGAGUCCCUGGGGAAGGCAUGUUCGUGAAGGCAGGGGCAGGGACAGUGAUGGGAAGAGAUGCGAAAGGGGAAGGGGGGCAGUGUGCCGCUAUGGCAAUGACAGAGUGGGCGGUGGGUGUCAGGAGCAGCGGCGACGGCAGCGGGGAUGCCGGAGGCGGAGGAGGCUGCGAGGACCACCGCCGUAGAGGACGCGCCUGGGAACCCGCGUGUACGCGAAGUACUACUGAAGAAGAAGACGAUGAAAAAUUAGAUAUUAGUGUUUAG